AUGCUCGGGGUUAGAAAUUCUGUUCAGAGACAAGGACUUUCACUGGUCAGUGAACUGAAAGCACGAACGCUGUUUCCGUUGAGCAGCGGAAGUACAGACUCCUCGGAAUACCGAGGAUUUUCCGUGCGAUCGGAGAGGGAAGCGCUGGGGGAUCUAAAGAACAGCAGACUAGAUUUCAAAGCGACCUCGCCAUCAGAACUAGAGGGGGCCGAUACCCUCUAUUUGGAGAGCGUUGGCCCAGAAACGGCAGUUGAAGUUUUCAAACCCCUGGUGGAGUUCGCUGGUUCCUCCAAGGUGGAUAAGAGAAAGACCCAGUCCAGACCAGGUCUGAUAAUCACGCGUCACAACAAGCCCUCUAUGUGGGCCUAUAAUCGCGCCAGGAGUCGCAACACCGAGGCGCCUCCGAAAAUGAUUCAUUUUGGCGAUGCCCCCGACCAGUCGCGAUCUCGACCGAGGGUAAUGGAGGAGGUUUUUGAAAGACCGGCUUGCAGAAGCGAUGGCGAUGAACGACAACUGCGACUGAGACAGUACUCUGGCUGUGAGAACUUUGGUAGACGAGGUUGGGAGGCGCAAAAGAAGGCUGACCUCAGUAUGGAGCCGCCGGCACCAAACUUUUUACGGACUUCUGCUUGUCUCCUAAACCACAGGCCUAAUGGUGUUGUUCUAUCCAAGGUCUGCCCAAGUUAUCCUCCACAACGUCGUCAAAGAUGGCUAUGUCUGACCUCGGACCGGUAG